AUGAACCGCUUUGUAGCAGAUCAAUAUGUUUUCAUGAUUGAAACACAGCGCGAUCUCUGGAAAUCUCGAACAGAACAUGCCGCUCUUUGCAUUGCUCGAGGAGACGUUUAUCUAGGCCUGCUUGCAGUCUCCGCCUGUCUUUUUCUACUACAUUACUCACUCUACCUUGCAAAGCGGCUGUGGACAAAGUCUGAAAAUGACGACGAAAGCCCCCCCGUUUUUGCUCAGUUUUAUACACCAAUCGCGUAUGAUGUCGCCCAAAUCGUUUUUGCGACUGCUUCGUUCGCUAUCAGUGUAGCUAUCCUUCCUCAGGGCGGUAGUUGGAAGAGGUCGCUGCUUCUCGGGUAUGCAACCGUACUGUACAUUGGGAGAUUUGCCGGGAAUAGCUCAACCCAAAGUCGUAUAUUCCGCCAUGUAAACACAAUUAUCGUGGUGACCGCACUUCUUGCUGUUAUACAAACAUUUGUGCCGGUAUUCAUCGUCGGAGCAACCUAUCGUCCCGGCACACUCGAAUCUGCACUGUUUGGGUGCUUGUUUGCGACAAUCCUAAUMCCUGCCAUAUCUCCACGCCCACAACGGACUUUAUACAGCGAAGAUGAAAGCAAUGAAAAUCUUAGCUUUACCUACAAGGCAUCCUUGGAGGAAACAUGCUCCCUCUUCUCCUACUACUGGUCUUAUGAAUGGAUUACAUGGCUGAUUAUUCGCGGCCUUCGAAAUGAAUUGACCAUAGAAGAUUUGCCCAUUCUACCCUCUUACGAUGCACCCAUAAAGUGGUUCAAAGGAUAUCAAAAGCAGCGUCGUCCAGGUAGCAACACAUUUUUUACGUUGUGUCGACUGUUGAAAAAAGAUAUUCAGAAGAUGAUCUUUUGGGCGGCGCUGCUGGCAUUCGGUGAAUUUCUUGCGCCGUCCGCUCUCAUGAGACUUUUGGGAUAUCUUCAGGAUCCCGCGAAUGCUAUAGUUCACCCACUUGUAUGGAUUGCACUGUUAUUUUUUGGUCCGGCUAUCCGCACCUUGUGUAGUCAGCGGUAUAUCUUCGUUGCCACAAGACUUUUGGUCAGAGUCAACAUGACCCUCGUGCAAGAGAUAUACCAUACUGCGAUCCGAUCUCAUAUCUAUGAUUCCACGGUUGCUGAAAGAAAAGUGAAUCAUGGUGGAAGUGUAGUGGAUAAAGAAUUAUCCAAAGGAAGACAGGCCGAUAUUACAACACUGAUGUCCUCCGACGUGCAGGCUAUCUACAAUGCACGUGAAGUCUUUUUCGUACCCGUGGUCGUUCCUAUCACUGUUAUCAUUGCCGUCAUCUACUUGUACCGCUUGCUUGGAUGGCCUUCCUUGUUCGGUGUGGCUACUUUAUUCCUUCUCUCGCCAUUGCCGACUCUGGCAUCACGACGUGUAUCUCGCAUCCAAAGAAGCGUUAUGCAAGCUACCGAUGCCAGAAUAUCCAAAAUCACGGAAUAUCUUGGCUCGAUACGGACGCUCAAAUACUUUGGAUGGGAACCCGCAAUGGAGAAAGAGGUGGAUGUCCUGCGUCAAGUAGAACAGAGUCGGGUGUGGAAACGAAACUUGACAGCUGCAAUUAUUUCGUUAGCGGGAGACCUAUUACCAAUGAUGAGCCUGCUCAUCUCGUUUUCUGCUGUAGUUCUUCUUACAAAAAACAGUCUAGACGCACCAAAAGCAUUUACAGCAUUGUCGAUCAUGGAGAUACUCCGGAACCAAUGCCUAUGGGUGUCGAAUAUUGUUCGUAACGCCUCGACAAGUCUUGAGUCAUUGCGUCGUCUUGAUCGAUUCUUUGAUUCUGCGGUCGAGGUUAAGCGUCAUCCGCAAGGACCCCCAGCGUUUCACAAUGCCACUUUUCGCAGGACUCCGGUGGCAGCGUUCAGGCUGCAAGAUAUCAAUGUGGCAUUUACCGAGUCUGCGUUGAAUGUGGUGACUGGUCCGACCGGCUCUGGUAAGACUUCUCUGCUUCUAUCACUCAUUGGCGAAACCAUACUCGAGUCGGGCGUAGCGACCUGCCCAAGAGAUGUAGCAUAUGUUCCUCAGACAGCCUGGCUACAGAACGAUACAGUCCGACAAAAUAUUUUGUUCUAUAGCGAAUUUGAUAAAACUCGAUACGAAAACGUUGUCGCGGCAUGUGGCCUCCUCCAGGAUCUUCAACAACUUCCAGAAGGUGAUUUAACUGUUGUCGGGGAACGAGGGACCAGUCUUUCUGGUGGACAAAAACAACGAGUAUCAUUAGCAAGAGCUAUCUAUUCUCAGGCUACCACGCUAUUGCUGGAUGAUGUAUUUUCAGCCCUUGACACACAUACUACGGCCUGGGUAUAUGACCAAUGUUUCCGCAAGGGAAUUCUUGCCGGAAGAACGGUUAUACUCGUCACGCACUUGCCCUCAGCUCUGGAAGAUGCUCAGACUAUUGUGCAUAUCGAAAAUGGCACUAUUACUUCAGUUCAAACAAACGAGGACAGUCGAUUGGCAUCUUCUGGUACGAGCACAAUCUCGAAUGAACUGACAGUCGUAGAAUCAUCGGGUGCUGUCACUCCUCUGAACAACGGCGAGGCGGAAGCAAACAAAAAGACUGACGACGAAGAGUCUACUGAUAACGACCCAUCGGAACGGAAAGUAUCCUCCCGGUUGGUGGCAGAGCAAUCUUCCAAAGGCCGAAUUCCACGAAAUAUAGCAUUUCAAUAUUUGUUCAAUUUUGGCGGUUUCAGCUUCGUCAUCUUAGCCAUGGUGUCUACUUUAGCUGUGCAGAUAGCAUACUUCUCCGUUACAUACUGGCUCUCCAUUUGGGCAGACGCAUAUGAUCGCAGCGAUUCGAUACCCAAUGUCGGCUACUACCUCUCCAUCUAUGCAGCUACAAUCUUGAUAUACUUGGCGCUUCAAUUCGGCAACGUCGUUAUCUUUCAAGCAGGCGGUUGGAACGCAGCCCGAAAGAUGCACCGGAGACUCCUUCACGCCAUCCUGCACGCCCCCGUAUCAUGGUUUGACCAGAACCCCGUUGGACGCGCAAUGAACCGAUUCGGAAACGACGUACGAUCAAUGGACGCAGUGUUGCCAGAAUACCUCAACAAGCUGAUUGACAAUUGCCUUCGGUUUCUAUUUCGUGUUGCCAGUAUCGCAUCCGUGAUGCCAAUCUUUAUAAUCCCAGCAUGCAUUGUCUGUAGCAUCGGACUACUGAUUGGUGAAAUGUAUACCCGCACGCAGAUUCAAGUGAAACGUUUGUCCUCCGUCAAUGCGUCGCCGGUUUUUAUUCAUUUCAUCGAUUCUAUUGCCGGAUUGAGCGUUAUUCGUGCCCGGGGUGGCAUGGAUGAGAAGUUCUUUUCGCUCCUGUCGGAGAAAGUUGGCGUUCACGCUCGGGCUAUGGAAGCACAACUCAAUUCGAAUCGAUGGGUUGCCGUUCGAUUAGAUCUAUGCGCUGCAACUGUUACCGCAACUGUCGGGCUUCUUGCGUGGAAAGUGGGAGGUGAUCCCGGUCUUGUUGGUUUCUCAUUGUCUCAUGCUGUAGGUCUUGGGCAGACGAUCUUGACCUUGGUCCGAACGAUGAAUGACUUGGAGGUCGAACUCAUUUCGUUUCAACGAGUAAAGGAAUACGCAGAGAUUCAACAAGAAGAGCAAGAAGAACCCUUGGCCAUUGCGAGUAAACGGGAUCAAGUACCCGCCCACUGGCCAAAUGCAGGACAAGUCGAAUUUUCCAACGUCACAGCAAAAUACCACGACGGCCCCAAUAUUCUCCAAAACAUAAACUUCACCAUCAAUCCCGGUGAACGUGUCGGCAUCGUAGGUCGUACAGGAAGCGGUAAAAGCACGUUAGGGCUCACAUUACUCCGAUUUACGGAACUUGUCUCUGGCCGAGUUGCGAUAGACGGGAUCGACAUAAGCAAAAUCCCACUCAAUCGUCUGCGUACCAGCAUUGCGUUGAUCCCUCAGGAUCCGGUUCUGUUUUCGGGGGAUGUGCAAUCGAAUCUUGAUCCGUUUGGAGAGCUUGGUGAGACGGAGUUGCAGGCUGCGUUGUCGGCUUGUUGUACUUCCAUUGAGGUUGCUGCAUCCAAUGCUACCCCUGAUGACGGGAAUGGAAACACGCCUCGAAGCCUGAGACUAGAUACCCCCGUCGCAGCAAACGGGGAGAAUUUCAGCCAGGGUCAAAGACAGGUUCUGGGCCUUGCCCGCGCGGUUAGUCGAAGAGCCAAAGUAGUGCUUCUCGACGAGGCCACGGCUUCAGUCGAUAGGGAGACGGAUGAGCAUAUACAGCGUUUGAUUCGAACAGAGUUUCCGGAGUCGACGAUCAUUGCGAUUGCGCAUCGGUUGCGGACGAUUGUGGAUUACGAUCGGGUGAUUGUCAUGGGAGGUGGAGAGAUUCUUGAGAUGGGCUCGCCGGCCGAAUUGAUUAGUCUAGAUGGCAUAUUUUGUGAUAUGCUGCAAAAGACGGGAGAGUAUGAGGAGCUCGUCCAGUUGAUACGAAAUGAAGUCUAA